AUGGAGGUAAGAUGAAGAAAGUCUCUCUGCUUCGACUUUAAGAGGCUGUAAGCUAAUGUUAGCGAGCUGUUAGCUGACUGUCAAAGUCCAAAAUACUGAAAAAUAACCUCAAUUAAACAAACUAAAUGUAAUAAUUUUACUGUUUCUCUGUUUUUAUCUUCGUAUUUAUAAAAGAGUAAAGAUACAGUGUUGUCUGUGGUUUUGUUGUGCACGAUACUGACUCGACAAUGAAGUAAAAAAGUAAAAAAUGCAGAUAUUUUUAUUGUUAUUUCAUUAAAGCAGAAUAUCCAGAGCCUUCCUAUCGACAUACAGACCAGUAAACUCUUAGGUAAGUACAAAAUAAGCUGUUUUAUUCCUAAAUGUGUGAGCUAUGUUUCAUUUCCACCACAGUUUUUGACCAGCUGUUGCAGUUUUUCAGCUGAUAUGCCUCUAAAAUCCUUUCUGUUUAAGAUACCAAUGUUUAUAGAUACUUAUGCAUCCCAGUCUGAUCAGGGAUGCUGGCUUUGACCUGCUGUGUUUUUACAUUGCUACCCUGUUAAGACACAAUCCAAAUAAAUCAAGUUUAUUGUUGUUAUUGUUGUUUCUGUGCUGUCGUGUUUCUUCAGACUGGCUGGUGGAUCGUCGUCACUGUAACCUGAAAUGGCAGAAUGAAGUCCAAGUUAUCAGGGAGAAGAUUAACGCUGCCAUCCAGGACAUGCCUGAGAACGAGGAGAUCAAGCAGCUUCUCUCCGGCUCCUGUAGGUCCCUUAAAGCUCAAUACUCAUAUUUUAUCUUUGUAUUCAAGGCUCCAAGAUGAGCACAUGUUCUGUUUUGUUUUUGCACAUUUUGGGACAAGGUUCUUUACAAUAAAGCACACCAAAAAUGUUUUUUUUAUUUCCCCAUAUUAAAGGGAUAUUCUGGUGUAAAAUUAAUUUAGUGCAAACACACCGUUUUUUAUCUUCUAAUGAUUCCUAGGUUUAAAUGCGUGUAACUUAAUUGUGUGUGUUUGUUUUCACGCUGCAGACAUUCACUACUUCCACUGUUUGAGGAUCGUCGAGAUUCUGAAGGGAACUGAAGCUUCCUCCAAGAACAUCUUUGGACGUUAUUCAUCUCAGAGGAUGAAGGUGAGAGGAUUCAAACACUCGGAUCAGUUUGGACAGUUUGGAUCAGUGAUUCAGUAUCAUAGGAUUUCUUCUUGUCAUGUUCUUCACCUUUAAAACGACUAAAAUAUCCCAAACUGAGAGUUUGAACUUUUUUUCUAUUUUUGUUUCGACAGGACUGGCAGGAGAUCGUGACCCUCUAUGAGGCUGAUAAUGUCUAUUUGGGUAAGGGAUGUAGAAACCAGGAACUAUCACACAAACAGUCACUUUUACUAUUUAUAGCUGAUUGUGCUUCAAACGCUCGUGUUUAUUUGUUGGAAGCCAGAAGGUUGAAGGCUGUGACUUUGAGAAAGGUUAAAUCAGUCGUUUAUUUUGCUGCUGUUUAGGUUAUUCCUGCACCGUUAUCAUAGAAUAAGGGAGAAAAGCAUCCAGCUAUAGAAACUUGAUGAUUGCAUGUAUAAAAAAAGAUCUGUUUUUGUGUCCCAGUGGAGUUGGCCAGCCUGCUGAGUCGAAACGUGAGCUAUGAAGGUCCGGCCCUGCGGAGGCAGCUAGCUAAAGCUCAGCAGCUGCAGCAGGAGCUGAGCAGGCGGGAGGUGGAGUGUCAGAGCUCGGCUGCAGACCUGCGAGGACGCUAUUACGCUGCGUGUAAACAGUACGGCAUUAAAGUGAGUGUGGAAGCAUGGACACAUGAGAGGAAUAAUGUCUGAUGUAAAUAAACAGAUAAAUUAAUAUGUGUUAUGUGUUAACCAGACUUUUGCUCUGAAGGUGAACAUCUGCUCUUGUCUAACAGGGAGAUAACGUUCCUCGAGAGCUUCAGGCUCUGGUCAAAGAAUUACCAGCAGUUCUUGAUCAGGUCGGCAGAGAUGCAGCAAAGUUAGAGCAAACAAUCCAACUUUAUACCGCCUUCACAAACUUUGUGUGUGAAUGGUGAGUGUUCACUUCAUAUUGAGUGUCUUUCAUUCAUCUUCAUCCUUUUCUCUCCUAAUUCUGUCGGUGUACUUUUGAUCUGGCUCUAAACUCUGUGUUUGACGACAGGAUUGACGGUUGCUUUGAUCUGAGUUAAGAUUUCAGCAUGAAAACAGCUGGAUGUUGCUUUGUUAUGUAAGCACACAUGUUUUUUUUGUUUGUUUUUGUAGGUCUGAACCGGUCCUGCCCAUGAUCACGUUUGUCCAGAAGAGUGGAAACGUGACGUUUUACGAGUGGAGAACAGGGAAGGUUCCUGAUGUUGUCGAGAGGCCGGUCGUGGAGGACGCUCCUCCUGAGACAGUCACAGAGGAUACAGUGAGUUUCACUGAGUCUGAAAUACAUAUUAAUCAAAUAUCCAGGUCUUGGUCACAAAGUGUUUUAGACACUGCAGUUUUUUCCUAAUAUAUUUUUCUGCUUCAGAUUGACUGGGGGGACUUUGGAUCAGACACGCAGGCUGUGAGCUCUGGUAUCACGGUUGAGGGUGGAAUCGACUGGGGCAUCAGCCUGGAGCCGGGCUCUGAGGUAACAAAUCGAAAUAUUGUUUGUGUUGAUCAUAUUUUUAUUAACUAUUGGUUUGUUCAAAAAGUUGGAAGAUUCUGCUGAACAUUUAAACUCUCUGUCAAACUGGAAAGGAAGGCAGCAUUGAUACAAAGAGCACUCUCUCCUGAUUAUGAACAUCUGUCGGUCUCCUCCUGUCAGGACGCCGCUGCUGCUGAUGGCAUCGACUGGGGCGACGGUGAAGCAGCUCCCGUACAGAUUGACAUUGUGGAUGCAGGCACAGACUGUGAGUGUUUUUUUUUUUUUUUUUAAUCACUAAUAUGGCUCAUCAAACCAGCGCCGCACAGAUGUCGAAAUUUCUCUGAAGACAUUACGUGUCAUCCUGCAGGUCCUGAGGGUGUGGCGAGGGGGGAGGAUGCUUUAAGUAUCCUGGAGAACUCUCAGUCACGCAGCCAGUUCAUUGAUGAGCUAAUGGAGGUAAAAACUGCAGUCAUAUGGCGUCAUAUUACCCCUUUUAAAAACCUGGUCAUCCAUUUAAUCUCUGUGUCUGGAGUAACGUUGAAACAUGGCAGUAAAAAACAGGGAGGACGUGGCAGCAACUCUUAAAAGCCUUUUUAUUUGGGAGUUUUAGAUAUUUUCCUUUUCAAAUGUGAAGAUGAUCUGAUCAAACCUCAGAGAUAUUUUGAUUUGAAGGCACAGAAAAAAGGAGGAUUAUCUAAUUCACAAAGCUAGAAUCGAUCAUGAGCGGUCUAAGGCGCUGGAUUAAGGCUCCAGUCCCUUUGGGGGCGUGGGUUCGAAUCCCAUUGCUGCCAUCACUUUAGAGAAUUCCUCAGUUUGGGAUCAAUAAAGUAUAUCUAUCUAUCUAUCUAUCUAUCUAUCUAUCCACCUCUCACUGAUUUUCAAGUAUAGUUCUUACAGCUUGUUUGCACUGCCUCCAAGUGGCCAAAAGGAGUGAUUGCAUGAUUUUAAAACCAGUUUUUCAAAAGAGUUAAAGCUGUAAAAUUAGCUGGUUUAUGACCGUCUCAGAGAAAAUAUAGACUAAAGUGAAGGUAACUGGAAGCAUACAGGGUCAACUAAAUGAAAGUGUUUUUGCAAUUGAGUUUAAUUUACUGCUUUAUUUUUAUUUGAUGAUGAUUAUUUGUCACAUGACCUCAAACAAAUGUCAUGAUUUCAUCCGUCUGUGCAGCUGGAAGUGUUUCUAACACAGCGGGUCACUGAGAUGGGAGAGGAGGCAGACGUGGUCGCCAUGAGCCAAUUCCAGCUCGCCCCUUCUGUCAUCCAAAGCCAAACCCGGGAACGCGUCAGGGAGAUGCUGUCACAGGUGCAGGACCUCCUGGGCCGGCUCACCACUCUUCGGAUGCAGCACCUGUUCAUGAUCCAGGCGUCACCACGGUGCUUCAUCGCGAUAUUAAUUUUAGGCUGAAGAAGUGUCACUUUUUGCAGAAAUUGUGAGAACUAUUUUUCCUUUUUUUUCAGGUAUGUUGAACGUGUCUCCGAGAUGCUCAGACAGAAGAUGAAGCAGGCAGACAUUCUGGUCCUGAAAGGAACCUCAAUGGUCGAGAAAAGGCAGGAGGCUCUGGAGGAGCAGGCCAGACUAGAGCCUCGUGUCGACCUGCUGGCAGGAUGCACCCGGGAACUCCAGAAACUGGUACUGCAAUGAUUACUAUUCGAUUUUAAAGUAAACAUGAAGCAGACAAGCUUUUCUUAACACAAGUUAUUGGAUAUUAUAACAAAGCGGGAAUUAUACAGUCAAAUAUUGAAUUAAAGGAAUGAGUGUUUCCACUUUAAAUGAGUGUUAUUGCCUCUGAUCCUUGUUUGUAAUUUUCCUUUUUUGCAGAUUCAAGCUGAUAUUUCAAAGAAGUACAACAAAAGACCCGUCAACCUAAUGGGAGUGAACGUAUAG